ACCGACUAUUGAUCGGCCGGUCGACAGUGCGCCAGCGCAAGUCGACCGGACGAACCGAGGCAUUCACGAGCCGCCCUCGGCCUUAGUGCGUUUGGUCGACGUUUAUGCUUAUGGUCGUCGCAUCGAAGCGUCCUUAGAUGCUGCCAUUAUGUCCGGUGACAGGGAUUAUAUCGGCUUCGCGACGCUACCGGAGCAAGUGCACCGAAAAUCGGUGAAGAGAGGCUUCGAGUUCACCCUGAUGGUGUUGGGUGAGACCGGCCUCGGCAAGUCGACGCUCAUAAACAGUCUGUUUCUCGGAGAUCUAUACAAAGACCGACGAAUUCCGGAUGCGGCAGAGCGCGUGGCUAAGACUACCUCUAUCGAGAAAAAGACAAUGGAUAUAGAAGAGCGCGGCGUUCGGCUCCGUUUAACGAUCGUAGAUACGCCAGGAUUCGGGGAUGCGGUAAAUUGCGAGGACACGUGGAAAGCGUGUUCGGCUUACAUAGACGAACAAUUUCGCCAAUAUUUUACGGAUGAAAGUGGAUUAAAUAGAAAAAAUAUUCAAGAUAACAGAGUACACUGUUGUCUGUAUUUUAUACCGCCAUAUGGUCACGGUCUUAGGCAAAUUGAUCUCGAGGUAUUAAGGCGUUUACAUCGAAAAGUUAACGUCGUUCCCGUGAUAGCGAAAGCGGAUACUUUAACCACUCACGAGGUGAAAAAGUUGAAAGAACGCAUUUUGGCAGAUAUCGAGGAGCACGAGAUUCAGAUAUAUCAAUUCCCGGAUUGCGACAGCGACGAGGACGAAGAAUUCAAGCAGCAAGAUAAAGAGUUAAAAGCCUGUAUACCGUUCGCGAUUGUCGGAAGCUCGACGGUCUUGGAAGUUGCUGGGAGAAAAGUCCGCGGUCGACAAUAUCCGUGGGGCGUAGUGGAAGUCGAGAACCCGAAGCACAGUGACUUCGUCAAACUAAGGACCAUGCUAAUAUCGACGCAUAUGCAGGAUCUAAAGGACGUCACGCAGGACGUUCACUACGAGAAUUUUCGGGCCCAAUGUAUUUCUCAAAUUUCACAGCAAGCGAUUCGGGAACGGAGGUAUUUACGCAUUAAACUAAAGAGAGAUUCCGGACCGCAUUUCGAGAACAGUAUAUCCGACACCGACAGACUUCUUUUACAAAAGGACGAGGAGAUACGAAGGAUGCAAGAUAUCCUGGCGCAGAUGCAAGAGAAGCUCAAAGCGACCGGUCAAGUCGGCGGUGGUGUCGGAUUGAGAGGCCGAGUCGGCAGCCUCGGCAACGAUUUGGAUUCCGCGGACGUAGAAAAGAAACGAAACAGUAUUAUAGACGUUUGAGGAGCGUAGAUUAUAUUUCCUCAGGAUAUACUCAUGAUAUAAAGUUUAUAGCCCGAGAGGUCUGUACAUAUUUCGUUCAAUUCUUGACAAGUUUAUCGAUAUAUUAUAUUUACAUAUUACACGAAGCGUAAAAUACUCGAGAUUGAAACUUUUCGAUCACGGAUUUAUAUUCGAAAUUGCGACGAUUUUUUAAAUUAUAAAAUUUAUCUCCGUUCAAUUACUUGAUGAUAAAUUAAAAUUUAAGCAAAAUAAAAAAAAAUGAUUUCCGCGCUUUUAAUGAAAUUUGUUAAGUUAAGAUAAUUCCCUCUCUUGAUCACGUAUGUUAUCUUUCAAGGCGAAAGGAAAGACAAACUAGAGCUGCCAAAGAUUAACGAGUGUUGGUUCGCUAAAUAUUCGAUCAAGUCGAACUUGUAUAGAGACUAUAUCCUGCUUUACGUAAAAGUUGUAACGUAUUUUGUACUUAACGCACAGAUUUAUACAAACGUAUAGGUAGACGUAAUCGUAUUAAAAUUUUAUCGAAAGAUAUGUCACAUCGAUGUGCUCGUUGCAAAACGAAUAAGUGAUUAAUCACGCGAGCGUUACAUAUGUAAUCGUAUUAAAAUUUAUACCAAAAAAUAUAUGUUCAUCGAUUUGUGCUCGUUGCAAAACGAAUAUGUGAUUAAUCACGCGGUAUUAAAAUCGAUGUAGCAGUCUUAUUUAAUUCAUCGUUUAGUGCUAGUACAAGACUUAUAUUAUGACAUCGAAAUGUAUGUACUCCAAUUAAAAAAUCUCAAUACGCACAAUAUAUUCCAUGAAUUAUAUAACAAGAAUGUAA